UCGAAAUUUGAACAGAGAAUUGAAGACAAAAAUGAAAUUUUUAAUCUUGAUCGUCGCUUCUCUGAUGAUAAUAGGAGUUCAGAGUAAGGAUGGAUAUCCGAUGGAUCAUAAAGGAUGUAAAAUCUCUUGCGUAAUCAAUAAUAAAUAUUGUGAAACGGAAUGCGUUACAGUUCUGAAGGGAAAGUCGGGUUACUGCUACUUUUGGAAACUGGCAUGUUAUUGCGAGGGACUUCCUAACUGGGCAAAAGUUUGGGAUAGAGCAACCAAUAAAUGCAGAGCUUGAAAUGAUGUCGUAAUUGU